CCGGCGAGGAUGGAGGCGGCGGGCGGCGGCAAAGGGCCGGGCUGCGGCUGCAAGGGGAUCCGCUCCUGCCUGCUCUGCGAGGGGCCCGCACAGGCCGCUCCGCCCCCGCAGGAAUCCUGUAUGGACAGUUUUUGUGCUGCAGCAUCAAGGUUGCAGGGGUAAAUCAUGGAAAUACCUUAUCUUGGUAAGUUCCCCCCCCACUGCUUUUUUUCUUCUCCAUUGUUAUUUUCACAGGGAGAAGAUAAUUUCACUUACUGUCCUGCAACAGGCCUAGCUAAAGGAAACGAGGACUCGGAAUUUGCUGGCUGGGCAUUUCCAUUUCCAGGGGUGUUUCUGACAGAGGAGUUCAUUAGCGAAGAUGAAGAAUCUGAGAUAGUUGAACUGAUGGAUCAAGAUGACUGGAAACCAUCACAGUCUGGCCGAAAGAAACAGGACUAUGGACCCAAAGUGAACUUCAAGAAACAAAGGAUGAAAGCUGGCAGCUUUACUGGUUUGCCAAGUUUUAGUAAAAAGAUUGUGGCACAAAUGAAGGCCUGCUCUGUAUUGGGCAGUUUCUUACCUGUUGAACAAUGUAAUCUGGACUACAUGCCAGAAAGAGGUUCUGCCAUCGACCCGCAUUUUGAUGACUGGUGGCUUUGGGGAGAGCGCCUGGUUAGCUUAAACUUGCUCUCAAAAACUGUGCUAUCCAUGUCUUGUGAUUCAGAGGACAGGAUCCAAUUAUUUCCCACUUUCAGUAGAGAAAACGGGGAAUUAAGUCUCCCUGGAUCUUUUACAGAGACGACAACGUGCAAAAAUUCAGGUGAAGAGGGAAUCAACUGCAUUUUAUCCCCAAGGCUUGUUCCAAGUAAAGAGGUGACUGUUGCCAUUCACUUACCUCGAAGGUCUCUGGUGGUGCUGUACGGUGACGCACGGUACAAGUGGAAACACGCAAUUUACCGCAAGCAUAUAGAGCAUCGCCGAAUCUGUGUCACGUUCAGGGAGCUGUCUGCAGAGUUCAGCGCCGGAGGAAGGCAUGAGGAACUGGGUAAAGAACUGCUAGAAAUAGCUCUUUCAUUUCAAGGAAGACCAGUGUGAUCAGCAAGAGGAAGCCAGAAUUGCAAUUUGUUAGGAAAUUUGAAAAAUAAAGUACGGAAUUUGUACAA